AUGCCAACUUCUCCUGCAAGAAUGGAUCGCGAGACCCCAGAAAACUGAGGAAAGUAGACCGAGCCCAAAACGAAAUCGAAUCGAGAGGAAAAAAAGGAGGAGCACGCGCCGCCGCCAGGCCACAGCACAUCGCCAUGGCCGCCUCCUCCCGCCGCGCGUCGCAGCUGCUGGGGUCCGCCGCCUCCCGCCUCAUCCACGCGCGGGGAUACGCGGCCGCACCCUCGCCGGCGGUGUUCGUCGACAAGAGCACCCGCGUGAUCUGCCAGGGCAUCACCGGCAAGAACGGCACCUUCCACACCGAGCAGGCCAUCGAGUACGGCACCAACAUGGUUGGUGGAGUUACUCCUAAGAAAGGUGGAACUGAACACUUAGGCCUUCCAGUUUUCAACUCAGUAGCGGAAGCUAAGGCCGAGACAAAGGCGAAUGCAUCUGUUAUAUAUGUUCCUCCACCAUUUGCUGCUGCAGCAAUAAUGGAGGCAAUGGAAGCAGAGCUUGACCUUGUUGUCUGCAUUACUGAAGGGAUUCCUCAGCAUGACAUGGUGAAAGUGAAGGCUGCUUUGAACAGGCAAUCAAAAACCCGAUUGAUUGGGCCAAACUGCCCUGGUAUAAUUAAGCCUGGUGAAUGUAAGAUUGGAAUCAUGCCAGGUUACAUCCACAAGCCAGGGCGCAUUGGAAUAGUAUCUCGUUCUGGUACCUUGACAUAUGAAGCGGUGUUUCAAACAACAGCCGUGGGCUUGGGGCAGUCAACCUGUGUAGGCAUGGGUGGUGACCCCUUUAAUGGCACUAAUUUCGUUGACUGCCUAGAAAAGUUUGUUGCGGAUCCUCAGACAGAAGGUAUUGUUGUCAUUGGAGAAAUUGGAGGUACUGCCGAAGAGGAUGCUGCAGCCUUUAUCCAGGAGAGCAAAACAGAAAAGCCUGUUGUCGCAUUCAUAGCUGGACUUACUGCACCUCCGGGCCGUCGCAUGGGUCAUGCUGGAGCAAUUGUGUCUGGGGGUAAGGGUACCGCCCAAGACAAGAUCAAGGCACUCAGAGAUGCUGGGGUUACUGUUGUUGAGUCACCAGCUAAGAUUGGUUCGACCAUGUUCGAACUUUUCAAGCAGCGUGGAAUGGUAGAGUAGAGAGAAGCAAUGGUACAGAAGAGAAAAAACAUUGGGAAACAUUUUGGCGCUCGUUGGUUAAUAGCGAGCCAUACCUUGAUAGAGCCAUGUUGCCGGCCGCAAGACUGAACUACUCGGUCGUCUUUUUCUUCCCUUCUUUCUUCCCUGUCGUUUGUGUGAAGAUUGGCCUCUUGAGGCUCUUUCAAUGUGCUAAUUUCAAAUGUUCAAUAAGACGAAUUGUUGACACUUGCUUGGAAUUCAUGGCGAUACCCGACCUCUUUCCAGUUUUC